UUUGUGUGUUUUUGCAGCGGGGGCAGAGAACAAACUGGGCUGGGCCUUCGGUCUGGGUCUGGAAAGACUGGCCAUGGUGUUGUACAACAUCCCUGACAUCCGGCUGUUCUGGAGUCAGGACGAGCGCUUCCUCAAACAGUUCCAAGUGCAGGAUGUCCACCAGCAUGUCUGUUUCCAGCCCCUCAGUAAGUACCCGCCCAUCCACAACGAUAUCUCCUUCUGGCUGCCGGAGCGAGCGAGCGGCUUCACGGCUCCGGACUUCUAUGAGCUGGUCCGCUCCAUUGGUGGGGACCUGGUGGAAGAGGUCACGCUGCUGGACCAGUUCACACACCCCAAGUAGGGAAACAUCAUCUGA